GUCCCCGAGCGAGGAGAGCGCAUGGGAGGGACCGGAGCUGGGGAGAAAGAGCUGCCUAGGGAAAAACACCCAGUGAGAAGAGGGAAAGCGAAGCAGAGAUCAUCUGUAGAGCUGCUCGGAAAGCAUGGACCAAAUAAAGCCAGUGGUAGGCACCCGGAGGAGCCUGAGGGCCAGCUGUUGGAAGGUGACCAUUGCUGCCGCCGUUGUGGGUAGCGUGACGGCUCUCUACCUGGGGAUCCUGCUGGCCUGUCACCCUGCAGCAGAGACCAGCUUCGAACACACAGUGGAGCUGAGAGGGAUCGCAUUCAACAGCAGCUUGCAAAUGGAAAACUCGGACUAUUACAGGGCGCUGACUCCCGCUCUUGAGCGGCUGUUUCUCUCCAGUUUCCAGGACUCCCAGCUGGACUCGAGCUGCACUGGUUGCACCAUCCUGGGCUACAGCAGGAAUGGAAACUCGAGCGUGCUUGUCCGUUUCCGCCUCCGCUUUGCCCCCCAGGAUUCCCAGCCUCUGAGCUCUACGGCGGAGGAAGAAGCUCUCAGACACGGGCUGGCUGCUGCCCUGCGUGAGCAAGGUCUCUCCCUGGCUGCCUACGGGACAAUAUCCUCAGCUUCUCUUACAGGUCCAAGCGAGGUUUCUCCAUACAGACCUGGGCUGAAAACAGGCUGUGGGGUCCGUCCUGCCAUGCAGACUGCCUCCAGGAUAGUAGGAGGCUCGGAAGCAUCCAGAGGGGAGUUUCCAUGGCAAGUCAGCCUGCGGGAGAACAACGAGCACUUCUGCGGUGCCGCAGUCCUCACGGAGAAAUGGCUGGUGUCGGCCGCUCACUGCUUUACGGAGUUUCAGGACCCAGCCAUGUGGGCAGCUUACACUGGCACCACUUCCCUCAGCAGUACCGAUAGUGGCGCAGUGAAAAUGGGCAUCGCAAGGAUCAUCUCCCACCCCUCCUACAACGCGGACACAGCUGACUAUGAUGUGGCCGUGCUGGAGCUGAAGAGACCUGUGGCCUUCACCAAGUACAUCCAGCCCGUGUGCCUGCCGGACGCUGGGCAUCACUUCCCCACCAGAAAGAAGUGCCUUAUCUCUGGCUGGGGCUACCUCAAGGAGGAUUUCUUGGUGAAGCCAGAGUUCCUGCAGAAAGCAACAGUGGAGCUGCUGGACCAGACGCUGUGCUCCGGCCUCUACAGCCAUGUCCUCACGGAGAGGAUGCUGUGUGCUGGCUACCUGGAGGGGAAGAUUGACUCCUGCCAGGGUGACUCUGGUGGGCCCCUGGUUUGUGAAGAACCAUCCGGCAAGUUUUUUCUAGCAGGAAUCGUGAGCUGGGGAAUUGGCUGUGCUGAAGCCAGGCGGCCUGGGGUUUACACUCGUGUUACCAAAAUCAGAGACUGGAUCUUCGAUGCUAUUUCUGCCUUCCCUAACUCCAUAAUGCACACUGGCCCACUAACACACUCCAGCACUAAUAGCACCACGGUCACCUCUGAAGAUCUCAGCAACACCACCACUGGGGCAAUCCCCAGCAUUUCACCAGCUCCAGCCACCAGCAAGCCAGCUACUGCUUCCAGGCCACAAGAGUGCGGAGGACGACCUGGGCUCUCCAAACCCAGCAAGAUUGUGGGAGGAAUGGAUGCUUCCAGUGGAGAGAUCCCCUGGCAAGUCAGCCUGAAAGAAGACUCAAGGCAUUUCUGUGGAGCCACCAUAAUUGGGGAUCGCUGGCUGCUGUCAGCAGCUCACUGCUUCAAUCAGACAAAGCCAGAAGAAAUCACAGCCUACAUGGGAACUACAACACUAAACGGAACAGAUGUGAACACAGUGAAAGUCAAUGUAACAAGAGUGAUCGAACAUCCCCUCUUCAACCCUAUCAUUCUGGACUUUGAUGUUGCUAUUUUAGAGCUGGCAAGACCCCUUGUCUUCAACAAAUACAUCCAGCCUGUCUGUCUCCCACUCACUGUGCAGAAGUUUCCUGUCGGCAAGAAGUGCCUGAUUUCUGGGUGGGGUAACACCCAAGAAGGCAACGUCACCAAACCUGAGAGCCUGCAGAAAGCCUCUGUGGGCAUUAUAGACCAGGAGACCUGCAACUUCCUCUACAACUUCUCCCUCACUGACCGGAUGAUCUGCGCUGGCUUCAUGGAAGGGAAGGUAGACUCAUGCCAGGGAGAUUCUGGCGGGCCCUUGGCCUGUGAGGAAACCCCAGGCGUGUUCUACCUGGCUGGCAUCGUGAGCUGGGGAAUUGGCUGUGCCCAGGCUGAGAAACCUGGCGUGUACUCCAGAGUUACCAAAUUCAAAGACUGGAUCCUGGAUACCAUGGCACAGUUGCCCAGUCCAGGCACAGGCACCUCUUCCAGUUCAGCCAUCACCAGCGCUUCCACCGCAGCCAUCUUCACUGCCCUGCCCAGCACAACUCCCCUGCCCAGCACAACAAGCCCAAUCAACCAAACCACCCUGAGGGUGAAGACCACCACAACCAGGAAAGAAACCUCCACAGCUCUGAAAACUGGGCCUGCCACCCCCACCCAAACCCCAGUGGUGCCUUGUACCAGCCUCACCUUCAAGUGCUCCAGCAAGGUCUGUAUUGGAAAAGUAAAUCCCGAAUGUGAUGGCAUUGUAGACUGCAGCAACGGCUCCGAUGAGCGCAACUGUGACUGUGGCUUAACUACUGCUCUGGCCUUCAACAAGAUCGUGGGCGGCAGCACUGCAGCUCGGGGAGAAUGGCCGUGGCAAGUCAGCCUCUGGCUUCGGCGGAAGGAGCACAAGUGUGGGGCUGUCCUCAUUGCUGACCGGUGGCUGCUCUCUGCAGCUCACUGCUUUGAUAUUUACAGCGACCCCAAAAUGUGGGUGGCCUUUCUAGGAACACCCUUCCUGAACGGCAUCGACGGGAAAGUGGAAAAAAUAUUCCGUAUCUACAAGCACCCGUUCUACAAUGUCUACAGCCUGGACUACGACGUGGCACUUCUAGAGCUCAGCAUGCCUGUCAAGUUCAGCAGCACCAUCAAACCCAUAUGUCUCCCAGAUAAUUCACACAUUUUCCAUGAAGAAGCUAGAUGCUUCAUCACAGGCUGGGGCUCCACAAAGGAGGGAGGUCUCAUGUCAAAGCAUCUGCAAAAAGCAGCCGUGAACAUGAUUGGCGACCAGGCCUGCAAAAAGUUCUACCCUGUCCAGAUCAGCAGCAGGAUGGUGUGUGCUGGUUUCCCACAGGGCACCGUCGACAGUUGCUCAGGCGAUGCAGGUGGGCCUCUGGCAUGUAAAGAACCCUCAGGGAGGUGGUUUCUAGCAGGAAUCACGAGCUGGGGCUAUGGCUGUGCCAGGCCGUACUUCCCUGGUGUCUACACCAAAGUCACAGCUGUCCAGGGUUGGAUCGCACAGAACCUCAAGCUCUGAAGCUGCAUUUCUCCACUCAGGGAAGGAGACGAAUGAGAGGAGUAAUUGCCAGGAGAUGCACUAACCCCUCAGUUCUUGCACAUUUUCUUGAUGCUGCAAAGGGGUGAAGAUGACCUGCAGUUGCAGGUGUUGAGCAAAUGCCAGUGUUGUAUGAACCACUGCAGUCUUGACACCAGGGCAUUUGAUAACUGCUUUGCAUAGAGAGGUGCAAUUCUAGAGGAUUUUUCUAUAAAUAAAUGAGGCCUGUCCCAUCUUAA